CUCGAAAACCGCAAAACUGCGCAGAGCUGGCGGCUGGCGGCACAAGGUCCGGUGUACUGUACUAGCUAGCUAGUAGUAGGAAAAGUAAGAACAAAAAACAGAUCGAAACCACAAAUCUAUCCGCUUCUCUCUAUGCAUACUAGUAGCUCUCCUCUCCCAUCAAAAGGACAACAACAUGAACUCCAUGGAAAACAACUCUAUAUCUGACCCCCGGCUUUCAUUCUCGACACUCACCGAUGUGAUCACCUAUUAUGUCAAGGAAAACCCAAAUCACCCAGUUCACACCUGGCUCAAUGGAGAUGGCAAGGAAGUCAACCAAGUCACGUACAAGCAACUUGAUGAAGCCUCCACAGCUGUUGCUGUCAUGCUCCUAAAGAAGGGAUGCAAGAAAGGUGAUCGUGUCAUGAUUGCAUAUCCUUUUGGCCUCGAGUUUUUCGCUGCGCUACUUGGCGCAAUCAGAGCCCAGCUCGUUCCUUGUUCGAUCUACCCACCAAACCCAAAGCAACUCAAAACGGAACUAGCCAAGUUCAAGCGUUUUGCCGAAGAUGCCGGAGCCAAGUAUGCCCUAACAACGGGCAAGUUUGCCAUCAUCAUGAGGGCUGCAAGUUUUGUGGCCAAAAGUGGCGUUAAGUGGUUAGCCACUGACAAUCUUGACACGCCUUCUAUGAAGGAACGUAAGAAGCUGGAAGGCCACAACAACAAACACCCUGUCGAUACGGAACACGUUGCUUUUGUGCAGUACACUAGUGGAUCGACUGGAUUCCCGAAGGGUGUGGCUCUAUCCCACAGAGCUGUGCUGGAGAAUUGCCGUCGCGUCACCGAGACAUGCAAGGCGGACCUCUCCAAGGUGGCUGUUAUCUGGCUGCCUCAGUAUCAUGACAUGGGACUGGUGGGAGGCUACCUGACAUGCUUUUACUCAGGUUGUGCCUUGAAGGCGACGAGUCCCCUGAACUUCCUUUCAAGGCCCUUGUUGUGGAAUGAAAUGAUAACGAAGUACAAGGCAAAUGUUGCAGCCAGCCCAAACUUUGGGUGUGCCCUCCUCAUGAGGCGGCUUCAGCAGGCCAAAGGAGUGACUGCAGACUGGAGUUGUGUUGACCGGAUCAUUCUAGGUGCCGAGCCCCUCACAAAGGAGGUUGUCACUGGACUGCAGAAAGAUCUGAACAUGCGGCCAGAAGCGAUCAGCAAUGUAUUUGGCCUAGCGGAGUGUGGAGUCUGGAUUACCGGAUCCGUUGCCAAUUUGAACACAAUGGUUGAUGAAACUCACAUCAACUGUGGACCUGCCAAGUUUCCCCAUGGACAGGUUCGCAUCGUCCAGGACAAAACUCGUCUUGUGCCAGAGGGAGAGGUUGGCAACAUUUUUGCUCAGUCUACAACUGUUGCCACUUGCUAUUAUGGUCAAGCAGAACGGACUGUCGAAGCCUUCCGCAACAUCUUGGAAGGCGAAAAUGGUUAUUGGCUUGACACUGGUGACCUCGGUACCAUUGUGAAUGGGGAGCUGUACGUGGUUGGGCGUGCUAAGGACGUUCUCAUUGUUGCGGGAAAGAACCACUAUCCCACUGACAUCGAAGCCACUAUCAAUAAUGCACAUGCUGGAAGUGUAAAGUCUGGAAGGAUUGCAGUAUUUCAGCUGGAUGCUGAGAGUAUUGGCGUAGCAGUUGAGCAUCGACAGAACCGUGUUCCCAGUGAUUGCAAAUUGCAUGUUGACAUUGCUGGCCUGGUAUCACGUCAGCACGGCCUAGAGGUUCAGAAAGUGGUCAUUGUGAAGCCUGGGAAGAUUCCAAAGACCACUUCAGGCAAAUUGAGGAGGUUCCUGAUCAAGCAGAAGACCAUGGACAAUCAAUGGUCUCCCAAUGAUGUUUUGUUGCGCUUUGAGAGACCUCAACAGCCCCAGCUUGUGUCCCCUUCUUUCUUAGAACGAUCCUUUUCAUCCCGUGGUUUCUCCAAUGAUAAAAAGACAAUGGAAGAGAUGCACCAAGAAGUCUCCCAGGAAAUAUCAAUGUCUUUCCGAGCCUCCAGCAGGCGUCCAUUCGGAAGACUUGGUGACUUGGAGGGAGAAGCGCAGAAUGCUCGUGCACCAAGUAAGGCCCAGUGCCCUUUCUCGGGUUCCAAAGGCGUCGUUGUCCCACCGAACGUCUCCCCUUUUACCAUUGGGGCCGCCAAUGGAACGGCACACCCUUCGGAUGCUUCGCUGGGUUGGUAUGAGUUUUACAAGGGAGCAUCCUCGAAAUCCUACAAUCACCGUCACUUGACGGAGGUGGCUACGAUCGACUAUCCGUCUGUAAUCAGAAACCUAUCUGAGUACGAAAGAAGGCGUGACUGCGGUGAAGUAACAAGGAGCUACGAUCUUGGACUCACCAUGCUAGCCAAUAAGCGUUUCUGGACCGAAAUCCCUGGUUGCGGACCUCGUGAUGUUGUCUUUGCGCUUGACAACGACUCACAUUGUGAGUUUCGGAAGAAGACGGUGGCUUCAUUGGCCAAUGCACCCAGCAAGGAUGUGAUACGGCUGGAGAUCAAAGGAUUCCUCGAAGCCAGCAAGCUGCUUGGAUACAAUCAAAUCCGUCGGUGGACCAUCCAGUUUGUCUAUCGACUCCUUACCGAGGAAGAGCUCUCUCUCGAAGAGACAAAGGAAUUCAUGGCACUGCAAGGAUUCACGUACGAUGCGAUGACACGACCGCACGAUAUUCCUGAAGAUGAGAGCAUGCUCGAGCUCAAGGCCAACCUUCUUCGAUCGGUGAUGGUUAGGAUCAGUGUGCCCGAGUAUCACGCCUCUGCAAUCAUAGACCUCAUGGUGUUCGCCGGCAUUCAAAUUGCAACUCUGAUCAACAACUGCUUGUCUUUGAUCUACUGCGAAAACAAGUUCUUUGACGGAGAACAUUACGAGCUGAAUGAAAGCAUUGUUCGCCAGUUCGUUUGGGAGUGUGUUCGUCUCUUUCCGCUUGUGGGGGGUGUUCCUUGGUACGACGGCGAUACCAGACACGUCGCUGUGAUUGACAUGUGCGGCAGAGAUUCUUCAUUGUGGGGGGACGACAAUUACAGUUUCCGCCCAAACCGAUGCACAGUAGAGGAAUAUGAGAGUAGAUCCUGCUUCUUCGCAGAACAAGCUGGGAAGUAUGGCUGUCCAGCAAGAGAUCUCGCGCUAGAGGCAACCUGUGCCUUCUUGUUGGAAGCAGUAGAACUGGAAUGGGAACGAAGUACAUGUAGCACAUACGACACACUUCCUUUCUUCGACAGAAUCGACUUGAAACAGAAGAGGCACAUUGUGGUUGUGGGUGGUGGGAUCGCAGGCCUCGCUUGCGCAAUGAGACUAGCGGAGGGAGGUACGGUAAAGGUGACAGUCAUUGAGAAGAAUGAGAGCAUUGGAGGCCAUGCCGGUCACGUUGAGGUCUUUGACAAAAACGUUCGCAAUCCUGCAUUUGGAGCAUUCACAGAAAGGGAGUGGCCCAACCUAGUGGCGCUGACUGAAGAGCUCGGUGUAGAGCGGAUUCGCCUUGGCAACCUCAAUGAGGCAGCCGGAAGGAUCGCACUAGAUGGCCAUGUUGUUCCUGAGGCACCUGAACCUGAAGUCAGACGCUUUAUGGCUGACAUGCUCAGUGUAUACCAGUUUCACUCUACUGAAUCCAUGGAGACAUCACUUGGGGAAUUCCUUGAUAGCAGAGGCUACACGGAAGACUUUAUUGUCUACUUCGUCCUCGGCCGAAUGACUUUCUUCUUCGCCGGACAAACCGUCCAGGAAUACCUGGACUAUCCGGUGUAUCAUUUCGCAUGGUUUGUGGUGGCACAAAUGAUGGCGACAGAAGAUGUUGGCAUUUUCCGCCUGAACAACAAAGAGUACAUGAAAGCCAUUGAGGCUCGCCUGAAAAGUCUUAGGGUUGAACUGCUGAAGGGAACCACUGCCACCUUGGAGAGCCGAGAAGGACAAGAUGGAGUGAGACUCAGGCUUGAGUCUGAAGCUGGGGAGAUUGUCUUUUCUGCUGACAAACUGGUUCUUGCCAUGCCACCCAAUGCUGCCUCUGCCUUUCUGAGCAACCACGUCAGAAGCCACGAACAUGCUCUUACUCAAUUGAGGUGUCCCUCUGAGACUGUCGUCUUGCACAAAGAUGAUAGGUGGGGGAGCAACUCUUCCAAAGCUUUCAUGUUUGCACUGAUGCCAAACAUCGGAGAACCUCUUCCUUCCCGUGACCAGACUGUGCCACUAACUACGUCCAUGGUUUGCGACAAUGAUGGCCAAACAAAGAUUUACAGCACUCACUCCUAUGGCAGUUUCAAUGAGCUAGACAUUGUCGGGCCCAAGAAAUACUUCAGUUUUGUCCACACAAAGCUGACCAAGGCAACCCUUACUUGUAGAGAGACAUUGCAGCAAAAUCAAGGAAAGCACAACACCUACUUUGUUGGAGGCUGGUCCAGAGGGUUCAUGCUUCAUGAAGAUGCGCUGGUCAGUGGUAUUGAUGUAGCGAACAGCAUCCUGCAAUCUUUUGGGAAGCAGACUAGAGAUGCAUUGGCUCGUGCAACACCACUGUUGGAGCUGUCUGAUAUCAAAAACAAGAUGGAAAUCACCAAACUACAGAUGAUUGAGGGUACAUUGGAGUCUCAAAUACUGUCAGUGCUUGAAAACUUCUUGGGUCCCAACAUUGAUGUCACGAAAUCAUGGACAGAAUUUGGGCUUUCAUCAAUCAAGGCUGUGGAACUGGCACAUCACCUUCAAACUGAAUUUCUGGUUCCAGUUCCUGCUGACUUCGACCAAACUUUUGAAAACCCCCAAACUCUUCUUGCAUUUCUGGCUCAAAAUGCCGGGACUGUCAAGCCCUUUCCAAUUGAGACAGAUGACAUUGGUGAGGCUUCAGAGUCUUCCCUUUCUUGGCCUUUGGCCACAUUCCUUCAGUUGCUGGGAUGCAUUGCACUGCUCUUUGUGGUGGCUAUCAGUCUUAUCCCAUCAUACUUCUUUGUCUCUGCUCUGGAUGAUGCAUCACAUCUCUUACAGCCAAUCAUGAUACCAAUUUGGUACACAAGUUUUUCCAUGGUAGUUGUUGCUUGCAAAUGGAUUGUCAUUGGACGAUACACGCCCCAGCAAGUUUCCGUGCCCUCCAUGUCAUACUUGAGGUGGUGGUUUGUUGACAGGCUAGUCCAUGCAUGGGAGAAUUGGUGCGGCUUCUUGAUCAAAGGAACACCCCUGAUCACCAUUACCUACAAGUUGCUGGGAGCCAAGAUCCAUCCAUCAGCUUCAAUUGACUCGUUCCUUCGUGAGUUUGAUCUCAUCAAAGUUGGCAGCGAAGCCACUGUUGAGCAUCCUGUUCGAUGCCGUAAAUUCUCUCACUGGAAAGAGGACGAGGCUCCGACUCUUCGGUUUCGACCCGUGGAGAUUGGUAACAACGCAAAACUCCUUGGACAUGCGGAGCCCGGAGUUUCCAUUGGAGACGGGAGCUGUGUCCAGAAACUUAGCUCAGUCCCCGAGUGUGCCAAGGUGCCACCCAGAGUGAUGGCUCUUGGAAGCCCCUCCUAUCAAAGCCCAACAUCCCCACAAGGGAACAGUAACCGUCAUUGGUUCCAGAUUGGUUUGAGCAAGUGUGUUCUCCUUUGGGUGCAACUCUACCUUGCUGCUGGUCUUUUCCAAGUUGCGUUUGUGCUUGUUUCAUUUCCAUCACCGGCUCUUGACAACUGGCGCUAUGGAAGUUUGUGUCGCCUAUUCUUGAUACUGAUUGUCCAAGCCAUACUUAUGGUGGUGUCUACAAUUCCCGUCAAAUGGAUGUUGAUUGGCAAGCGACGACCUGGGCCCGUUCGAUCAUCAUGGGUCAGGGAAGCCAUUGACUGGUUUGCUGACUACAACUACCAUGUCAGUUGGAUGUUGUUCAGUUCACUGGGUGCCAAUUCUGUCUGUGUCAACCUCCUGCUAAAACUUUUGGGCCUUGAUGUGGACCUCGGCAGCAAGGUUUGGGCUCACAUGUUCCCUCCUUCCCAGGUUGAUCUCAUAUGCAUCAACGACUCAUUUGUUUCUGAGACAGAAUUUUGCACCAAGAACUCUCAAGAGGAGUAUCAGAACAUAUACAUUGAGGAUUGCAACAUUGGUCAUACGGUUGUAAUUGAGGCCGGAGGACCUCCACUCGUCUCAGAAACGGUGCCUCCAAUGACAUUCUUGUCUGAAGGUCAUACUGCUGCAUAUUGCAACAAGCCAAGGCAAAAGAACGGAACACCAUACUACACAAAGUUGUGGGCAGAUGUCUUUGCCCUUUUCUUUCUCGUGUUGCUUUUCAUGAGUGUUUUGCCAACAGUUGAAGUAUGGAAAGCCAUUGAGAGAGGGAUGUCAAGCGGUGUUUCUCACUGGAUGAUCCAGCUUGUAUGUGCCAUUGUAGUCCAGAGUGCUACACUUUACAUCUCAAUCAUCCUGGCACAGAUUCUCUUCUAUCCAACGGUCAAGCAGGGAUCGCUGAUGAUGAGCACUUGGCGAGCUGGUUUCCUUCAAGUCUAUUUCUCCUUCAUCCACAGUUUCUGGCACUGGUCUUUCCUUCACAUGUUUUGGAGGAGCCCUGGUCUUUUUGGCCCAGUAUUGAAGGGUCUUGGAUCCAACGUGGAUGGGCGAUUGAUUUACUUUGGUGGGCUGGUGGAUGACUUCCCAAGGCUUUCUUUUGCAGACCGUUGUAUCAUUGAUUCAGCGAGGCUAGUUGCCGGACAUGCCGGUGUGAGAAACCAGAUUCACCUCGGACAAACGCAUCUAUCAGGGCUUGUCCAUCCUGGUUCAUUGGCGUUGGGGAAUACCCAGAUGAAUUCUGAUGAAAAUGUUGAAGUUGGACCAAUGGUUUUCAUAACCACAAUCCUGGCCACGAAGUCUGAGCAAACUGACCCCGACAUUGAGAAUCAGCUCGAGUUUGAUGCGUAGUUCUUUGACUGUUGUCGCUCUGGCGAGAUGUUUGGUGGGGAUUUUUUUAGGGUAGGCCAUAUAUGGUUCUAACUUUUGAAACAGUCGUAUGGUAGCACAACUGGAUGU